AGAUAUAAAAAAGAGGGAAUCCCCAGUGGAUGAUGAUGCUGAGUUUGAGCAAGGGUGGUGGGGAUGGUGGUCUCGACCUCAGCGCCAUUAUGAGUCGUAUGAGUGCGCGAACUGGUGCUCUAGUCCUGAAAAGUGUUUCAAUCUUCCUGACGAGCGGACGAAAGGCAUCGGUUAACUCGAAAAAGCCCAGCACCGAGUCACCCCCCCGGAGGAGACGCAGACGACGUCCUGACGAUGCCAGUAUGAAAACAUACCACGCCAAGGUCGUCGAUACGUUGCGCAAGAAAACAAGAUUCUCAAGAGUCGAGCUGGAAGCGCUAUGUAAAAUCUACAGAAAACUCACGUCUCUACCUGGGCAGCAAAAGGGCCCAUCGAUUUUGAGUAAAGGGCCUCAAACAAUCCAAACCGUUGAGGGAAUUGAUCGCACGAUAUUUCGAGAGUUGAUGCACAAUACUUUCGAUAUCAUCACAGAAGACGCCUUAAUUGAGAGAAUGUUUUGCUGUUGGGAUCGAGAAUGCGAGGGUGCAAUUAGACUGGAGUCCUGGAUAACAGGACUGGACGUUUUCCUGAGAGGUACUCUCCGGGAUAAAAUGGAGUUCUGUUUCAGAGUUUAUGACCUGAACUCUGAUGGGUACAUCACGAAGGAUGAGAUGUUCCAAUUAUUCAAAAAUUGCUUAAUAAAGCAGCCUGGUGAGGAAGACCCGGACGAAGGGGUCCGAGAUCUUUCGGAACUUGCGCUCAAAAAAUUGGAUGUUGAUCACGAUGGAAAAGUCGCCUUUACAGACUAUGAAGCAGCCAUCAAGGACGAGCCUUUAUUACUAGAAGCAUUCGGCCAAUGUUUGCCGACAGAAGAGAGUUGCAACGCUUUUCUCAUCACUUUACAACCAUAAAACGAACCCAGAUCUAGUCAUUGUAAUUAUAUUUUAGCAUUACCCAACACCCAAAUUUUUGAAUAAAAAAAAAUGGAAU